CAGAAGAGAAGUCUAAAGAGACCUGAGUGUGAAGAUCAGGGCUACAUUCUGCUCUCUGAAACCUACUCUGUGUUUGCCCUUCCCCCCACCCCACCUCCUGUCAGCAUCUCAGCACAAGGCUGCUUCCAGGAAUCCAGGUCCUGGAGAGAGAAGACUGAGGAGCACAGAACAGUCAUGGAAGCAGAGAUGGCAGAUAGUGUCCAGCAGCAGCUGGCCCAAAACUUGGAGUUAUUGACGAAGAAGCAGCUGAAGGAGUUCCAGCGGUUGCUACAUGACCAGGAUCUCUGCAAGCAGUCUCCUGGUGUGACCACAACCCAACCAGAGAAGGUGGAUAGCAUGGAGGUGGCCUCACUCCUAGUGGCUCAAUAUGGGGAGCAGCAGGCCUGGGACCUGGCCCUGCAGACCUGGGAGCAGAUGGGCCUGAGUGAGCUGUGUGCCCGAGUCCCGAAAGAGGCAGCCUUGGAGUCAGGAAUCACAGAAAAAUACUCUAAAGAAAGUGGAGAGAUGCCCUGCCACACACAGUCAUGGAAAAAUGAGGAUUUCCAACAAAAAUUCACACAGCUGCUACUUCUACACAGAUCUAAACCCAGAGGCAAUGAUUUUCCACUCUGGAUGAGGAAACAUGAAGUUACAGAUGGUCAAAAACAUUUGAUUGAGGUUGGAGAUUUAUUUGGCCCAGGCCCAGGUACCCAAGGAGAGCCUCUCACAGUUGUACUGCAUGGGGUUGCUGGAAUUGGAAAGUCAACCCUGGCGAGGCAGGUGAGGAGAGCCUGGGAGGAAGGCAGACUGUACAGGGACCGCUUCCAGCAUGUCUUCUACUUCAACUGCAGAGACCUGGCCCAGUCCAGGACACUGAGUCUCCCUGAGCUCAUCUCCAAAGACUGGGCUGGCCCUGCAGCUCCCAUUGGACAGAUCCUGUCUCAGCCAGAACAGCUGCUCCUCAUUCUUGAUAACUUGGAUGAACCAAAAUGGGACUUGAAGCAGCACAGUUCUGAGUUCUGUCUGCACUGGAGCCAGCAGCAGCAGGUGCACACACUGCUGAGCAGUUUGCUGGAGAAAAUCUUACUUCCUGGGGCUUCCCUGCUCAUCACAGCUCGGAUCACAGCUCUUGGGAAGCUCACUCCUUCUUUAAAGCAGCCACGCUGGGUGGAGGUCCUGGGAUUCUCUGAGUCAGCCAGAAGGGACUAUUUCUGCACAUACUUCACAGAUGAAAGCCAAGCAGUUAGAGCCUUCAACUCAGUUGAAUCAAACCCAGCACUCUUGACCAUGUGUGUCAUGCCCUUGGUGUCCUGGCUGGUCUGCACUUGCCUGAAGCAGCAGAUGGAUCAGGGGCAAGAACUCACACUGCCCUGCCAGACGACCACUGCUCUCUGUCUGCACUACUUUUUCCACAUCCUCCAAGUUCAGUCCCUCGGGACUAAGCUGAGGCAAUUCUGCUCUCUGGCUGCUAAGGGCACCAGGCAAGGAAAGACCCUGUUCAGCCCUGAGGACCUCAGAGAACAUGGGUUACAUGAGGACAUCACCUCCACCCUCUUAAAGAUGGGUGUUUUUCAGAAGCACUCCACCUAUCUAAGCUACAGCUUCAUGCACCUGUGUUUCCAGGAGUUCUUUGCAGCAAUGUCCUGUGCUUUAGGGGAUGAGUUAAUAAGCCUCAGAAAUAUGAUGGAGUUGAUAGAAGAAUAUGCGAUGGUUCAGGUGUUUGGGGAACCAAUCACAUGUUUUUUAUUUGGCCUUUUGAGUGAGCAGGGGAUGAGAGAGAUGGAGAGCAUCUUCAAAUGCCAGCUGUCUCGGGGAAGUCAUCACAAGCUGCUACAAUUGGCCAAGAAAGAGAUCAACCACGAACAGCAGAGCCUACAACCAUAUUGUUGGCACUUGCUCCACUCUUUUUAUGAGUUUCAGGAUGCAAAUUUUUUGACAGAAGGAAUAUCUGAUUUCUUUGAAAGAAGUACAUGUGUCCAAACUGACAUGGAGCUCCUGGUGUUCACUUUCUUCAUUAAAUUCAGCCGGACCGUGAAGACACUGCAACUGAAUGUGGGUGGACCUCACAGAGAAGCACAAUGGCCUUCAGAUGUCAUUCUGUUCAGCUUGGGCCCAUUUACAAAUGCCUGGUGGCAGAUUUUCUUCUCCAUUCUCAAUGUCCCUGGAAGCCUGCAAGAGUUGGACCUGAGUGGAAACUUCCUGAGCUGCUCUGCAGUACAGACUCUCUGUGAGGCUCUGAAGUGUCCUCACUGCCACCUGGAGACCCUGAGGCUGGCUGACUGUGGCCUCAACUCAGAGGGCUGCCAGGACCUGGCCUGUGGGCUGAGCACCAACAGGAGCCUGACUGAGCUGGACCUGAGCUUCAACAAGAUCCUGGACACCGGGGCCCAGCACCUUUUCCAGAAGCUGACAAAGUCCAGCUGCAAGCUGCACCAACUGCUGCUUGUCAACUGUGGCCUAACAUCUGGCUGUUGCCAGGACCUGGCCUCCAUGCUCAGUGUCAGCCCCAGCCUGAGAGAGCUGGACCUGAGGCAGAAUGACCUGGGUGACCUCGGCGUGCAACUCCUGUGUGUGAACCUCGGACAUUAUACUGACCAAGUCAGGCUGCUGCGCCUAGAUGAAACCAAGUUGAGUGAGGAAGUGAAAAAGAUGCUGAGGGACCUGAAACAGAAGAAUCCUCAGCUUGAAGCUAAGGUACAGACAUCGGCUCCUGGUGGAUUCAGUAGUUUUUUGAAAGCCAUAAUAGGAAGAAGUAAAAUAAUUACAGGAGUCCUGGACCUGGUUUGGCCGAAGAGUCCUUCCCAGUGCAUUGAUGCAGCUUCCUCUGAGAGCUCAGAGAACAUGACCUACUUUCUGUGCGGAACAGAAGAACUGAAGACCCGUAAUGAGGCUCCAGGUAGAGAGCAGACAUGUGAAGAUACACCCCCACUCAAAUGGCAGACACCAGAAUCAGAGGGGAGCUCCCCUCACAUAGCACAGGUGGAAUCCUUCUGUCUGUCUUCUCCUGAACCUCUGGGUGACCUACCAGUGAAGACUGCAGGGACUGAAGAUGACUUCUGGGGCCCAAAAGAGCCUGUGGCUCCAGAGGUGGUUGACAAAGACAGGAGUCUAUACCGAGUUCACUUCCCCAUGGCUGGAUCCUACCACUGGCCCGAUACGGGUCUCCACUUUGUGGUGAGAAGGCCAGUGACCAUUGAGAUUGAAUUCUGUGCCUGGAAAGAGUUCAUGAGCUGGAUUGUCCCACAACACAGCUGGAUGGUGGCAGGGCCUCUGUUUGACAUCAAGGCUGAACCAGGGGCUGUGGCAGCUGUAUACCUCCCUCACUUUGUAGAUCUCCAAGGAAAAAAUGUGGACAAAUCCUGGUUCCAAGUGGCCCACAUGAAAGAAGAGGGGAUAGUCCUGGAGAAGCCAGCCAGGGUGGAACCCCACUAUGCAGUCCUGGAGAACCCCAGCUUCUCCCCCAUCGGAGUUCUACUGAGAAAGAUUCACGCUGUCCUGCACAUUCCCAUCACCUGCAAUGUGCUGCUCUACCAUCACCUCCAGCACAAGGAAGUCACCUUCCAUCUCUACCUGAUUCCCAAUGACUGCUCCAUUCGCAAGGCCAUAGAUGAUGAAGAAAAGACAUUCCAGUUUGUGCGACUACACAAGCCACCCCCACUGACCCCACUUUACUUUGGUUCCCGAUACACUGUGUCUGGUUCACAGGAGAUGGAAAUAAUCCCUGAGGAACUGGAGCUCUGCUAUCGGAGCCCUGGGGAAGCCCAGCUCUUCUCUGAGUUCUACGUUGGCCAUUUGAGAUUAGAGAUCAUGCUGUUCAUGAGAGACAAGAAAGAUGGGACUUUGGUAUGGAAGGCUGUGGUGAAAUCAGGAGACCUCAGACCUGAAGCUACUCUGGUCCCUACACGCCAUACAGUUUUGCCGCACUUUGUGGACCGGCAUCGGGAAGAGCUGGUGGCCAGAGUGACAUCGGUGGACCGAGUCCUGGACAAGCUGUAUGGACAGGUGCUGAGUGAGGAGCAGUGUGAGAGGGUGCGGGCUGAGCCCACCAAUCCAGACAAGAUGAGGAUGCUGUUCAGCUUCAGCAAGUCCUGGGACAGGGCCUGCAAAGAUCAACUCUACCAAGCCCUGAAGGAUACCCAUCUUCACCUCACUGUGGAACUCUUGGAGAAGUGGGGUGGUAGAAACUAGGGGGGCUCUCAACAAGCUCAGCUGCUGAAGUUGAACACAGGCUUGUGAGUCCUGGUUCUGCCUCUCCAGUUUGGGUCUCAGUUUUUUUUCUCUCUCAGUAAGUUGCCAUCUGACUUGCCUUCUAUUUCUGAUGCUAAAAAAUUUUGGUCAUGCCUUUGCUGGGCAUUACAUGUCCAUGCCCAGAGAUGUCAAUGGGCACCCAGACUGCCUCCCUUGGCUUCCACAAGCCAGCUGUCCAGGUGGGAUAACAGCCUCGUAGUGAUGUGCAUGUGGAGGUGACAGGACAUCUGCAGGUUUGUAGUAACCUAUCCAAAAGCUUCAUGUGAUGCCACCACAACCAAGUCUAGAGCCAUAACUGUGCCAUCCAGGUAUAAGGGGGAGUACCAGGAACAUGGGGUUGGCCACCUCUGGCUGAAGAUAAGCAAUGGAAAUGAACACCUUGGGAGUUUUGAAUGGCUCCUAAACAAGGGGCAAAUAGAUUUAUUUUUUAUCUGUCCAUGUGGAGCUGGGUUUUUCCAUUCAUCCACAUUGUACUUUUCUAUUCGUGAAGCCUACUAUAGUCCUAGAGCCAGGAGAAGGGUGAGGUUUGGGGCCAAAGUCACAAAGGGGUCCAGGUCUUAGUUUAGCUGUUUCCUCUUAUGGAAAGUAAUUCCAUGUCCUUACAGCUGGCUUAGGUACCACUGUCCUAUGCUCCUGUAGCACCCUGUGUCUCCCACCCCAUCAGAGCACUCAGCACAUGGCAUUGUCCCUCCUACUUUAUUGAUGGUCUGUCCCUACUAGAUGGUUAUCUACCUAUGAACAGGAACCAUGUCUGAUCUCAUCAUCAGUUUACUUCCAGGGCUUUGCAUAUUGCCUUGCUUAUGGUGGGGUAUGCAGUCAGGACUUAUGAAUGGGUAGAUGGCAAAGGAACAUUCUCCAGAUACAUCCUUAAUUCCCUUCCUGGCCACCAUAUUGUCCAUGGAAUUCACAUAUCCACUCUAGUAAUAUUUCCCCCAUUAGUAGGCCACCCUUUGGCCUCAGUGAAUCAGUAAUCCUAGAAUUAAACCCAUUGGUGCUGAAUCAUUUCUACCAAUGUUGUUCUCAACUGGUAAGAGCAAAGCUCCACUCAGGUUACCCCAUCCCAAUACACAGCAGCCCAACUUGAUUGUACCUCCUUAUCCACUUUGUCACCUUUCUCCCUCAGAGUCACUUCUUCCUGACCUGUGUUCAGUUACAGUUUGGGGCUACUUUGCUGGGACAACUUGUACCCUGAUAAGGCCCAGAGGGGCCCAGGCUAGGUUCACAGCUGCUUGUGGCAGGGAUUGCAGGAAUUUCCCAGCAACUGCUAACAGUUCUUUGUUUUGGGAAUUCUCCCUGUUCUCUCCCUCUCAAAGCAUCAGUCAUCUGAAAUGUUUAGCUGGUGAAAGGAAAUGAGUUACUGGCAGGCUGAUGAGCCUGAAACUGGAUAAGUCCCUGGUGUGCAGGAUGACAAGCCCUCUGUCCCACCAUCUGGGUUCUUUGAACCACUCUGGGAUUCUGUAGGAAUUAGUCAAUAGACAACACUCAGCUAGAAGCAAGAAUUUGAGAUGAGAGAGUUCCUCAGCAUGGGAUUGUGGUUAGAGUCCUCAUUCUGGCCUGGUUACAUAGAUUUCUGUGUACUAAAUGCUUUCUUAAUUGCUUGUGUGUUGUGGGGUGUUCUUUUUUUAAUUAUAUUUUGUUGAUUAUGCUA